UUUCAACUUGCAUGUGUGGUUUGAAUGUGCAAGCAUUUGUGUGGUGUGUGUUCUGGAGUUUGGGAAUGUGUUUUGUUUUAUUCUGUCUGAGCAGGUAUUUGUGACGAUAGAUCUUGAGAAGAUCUUUCCGACGCAACAAGAAUCGCUUCAAUCGGAGCAAGAACGCGAAAGCUAUGAAGAUUCAAAAUUCUUGAACUUUGAUUGAACUUUUGAGAUUGAGUUAAGUUCUCCUCCUACAGCUUACCCCCUAAUGCGUCGAAAGCCAUAGCGUCGCGAAUACUUCAUCAAUCAACAUGAUUCAAAUUGGGAACGGUAGCUGAGAUUAAGAGCUACAACAUAUCCAAGUUUCGCGACAUUCCAACGGCUAGUUUUCUGUCGACGUCGUUUCUUGUGAAGACGACUUUUCUGUCCAGAAUUUCGGAUUUAUAUUUUGAGUAAUUCUAGCUCCUAAGUUCACCUAGACUCCGUCCUUAAUCCUAACAAGUGGUAUCAGAGCUGUAUUAAGGACAUUGAGAGGAGUCUACAGAAGUGUGAAGACCCUUCUAGACCCACCAUGGCCUGUGGGUGUGCCUAAGUGGUGUUCUAAAGGUUGGAUGUGUCUUCCGCUAAGGGGAAACUCUGCCGAAAUUUCGUGGACGCCGAUACUUGUGAAAAUAUCGAGGGAGCUGAGUGUGGACAGCAAAGGGGAGCUGAAAUUCGUCAUUUCUCAAGGAGAAGAUGAAUGAGAGAGGAGGAGAUGCUAAUGGAAAAGGAGCUGUAGCUGAGAAGACAAGUGAGCCGCCGCCAUCAAAAGUUGAAGCUUUGGAUGGCUCCAACUAUGAGGAAUGGAGCGGACGGAUGAGGAGUGCCUUCAAACGCUACAAGCUACUGAAGAUUGCUGUUGGGGAAGAGAAGAUGCCGGAAGAAGGCGAAGCACGUGAACGGUGGAUUGAGAAAAGCGCGGUGCUUUUCGACCUCAUCCUUCAAUCGGUCAACAAGGAGAUGUUCGAGCACAUCAAGGAUCUUGUGGAAGCGGAUGAUUCGGGUCCAAGGGCGUGGAAACUACUACGUGAUGUGAUUCAGCCCAACACUCUCCCUAUGGUGAUCGUGCUCGAGAAGGAACUUGCUGCCAUCUCCAUGCGACCAGGGGACGAUGUGAAGCCGGUCCUUGACAAGAUCAAGAACACCUAUGCAAGGAUGGCAGCAGCGGGCAGCAGUGUAUCUCAGCUGCAGCAGUGCACCAAGAUCAUCUCGGUGUUGGACAACUAUUGGGACAACCUCAUCCCCACCCUCAACUCUCAGCAAGAUCAAUGGACACCUGAGUGGCUAAGGCAGCAGAUUCUGCAGGAGGACUUCCGUAGACGCCAUGUGGGAGGCGGUGCAGCCACUAAGACUGCUGAGGGGUAUGGAGCUGCAGAGCGCGGCAGAGGAAGAGGGGGCUGGAGAGGCCGAGGCCGUGGGAGGAGCUUUGGCAGAGGUAGAGGCCGAGGUGACUAUAAUGAGGGGCAUGGGAGCUCUAGUGGCAGGGGGAGUACCAGAAUGGAGGGCACCUGCUGGUACUGCAAGAAGAUAGGGCAUCCUUGGUUCAAGUGCUUCAGCAGGCCGGAGGGAUGGGCACCUCCAGGCAUGAAGCCGCCCAGUGGUGAACGCGCACAAGGUGGCGCUGUGCAAGGCUCAGGUGCACAAGGUGAAGGUGCACAAGGUAAUGCAUAUCCUGGUUUGUUUCUUAUGGUUGAGGAUGUGCAUGGGCAUGAGGGUGAUGUGGGAUCUGUGGGAAAGGUUGUGAUGCACCCUCUCACGCACUGGGUGAUUGAUUCAGGUUGCACCAGUCACAUGACCCCACGGGCAGAUUUGCUUGAUGAGGUAAAACCCCCUGGGAAGAUCAAGUAUGUGGCAGCAGCGUCAGGUGCUUUGCUCCCUGUCAUUGGUGUUGGAAAUGCCAAGGUUAAGGGAGCUAAUGGGGAGCUUGUGGGGCUUGGGAAUGUUCUGCUGGUUGAAGGCUUGUCUGCUAACCUUCUCUCUGUGCGACGACUGCAGAAGAGCAAGGCCGAAGUGACCUUUGGACCAACCAGCUGCCGUGCUAAGCUUGGGAAGAAGGUGCUGUGGAGUCUGGAAGAGGAGACCAGCUGCAUCAAGGACCUGUGGCAGCUGCCCAUCAUCCCAUGGAAUGGGAAGACUCCAACAGCAGCAACGGCAGCAACGGCAAAGGCAACAGCAGGAGGAGAUGCAACUGCACCAACUGAUGGGGUCCUGGAAGCAGUCAAGAAAGUGCAGCAGCAGCAGACACAUGGCGAGGUGCUUGCUGGUGUGGAUGCGAGUGCGGCAUGGGCUAAGGCUUCAUCAAGGAGUGGAGAGGCCGAUUGGGAGACAUGGCAUGAGAGGUUGUGUCAUGUGAACUUCCCUAUGCUGCAGAAGUUGGUGAAGAAUGGGAGCCUGAAGGGCUUGGAGGUGAAAGGGGGAGUGAAGGAGAUUGGGAGCUGCCCUACAUGCUUGGAGACCAAGUUCUCCAAGUUCCCCUUCAACAGCACUACAGGACCAGCCAAGACCCCACUUGCACUUGUGCACAUGGAUGUGGUGGGGCCCACAAGAGCCCCUUCCCUCUCAGGUAGCCGCUAUUUCUUGACAAUUGUGGAUGACCACACUCGGGCAGUGUGGGUUUACCCUUUGAAGAGCAAGGGGGAGGUGGCAGCGGCUGUCCUUAAGGAGUGGAUGCCGAGAGCUCAGAGGGAAUGCGGACACAAGGUGAAGGUGAUCCGUAGUGACAAUGGUGGGGAGUUCAUUGGAGCUGAUUUUGAGGGGGAGUUGAAGAGGAAGGGGAUCCAGCAUCAACUGACAGUGCCCUACAACCCGCAGCAGAAUGGCGUGGCUGAGAGGUUCAACAGGACCCUGCAGGAGGGGGCACGCACUCUCCUUGGGCGUGCAGGGCUGCCUGAUCCGUUUUGGGUGUCUGCACUGAGGCAGGUCGCCCUUGUGAAGAAUAGGGUGCUGGCUACAGUUGGGGAUAAGGAGUGGAUCCCAUAUACCAAGUGGUAUGGGAGUGCUCCAGCUGUGAACAUGCUGAGGGCAUUUGGGUGCAUGGUGGUGUUUCAUGUGCCUAAGGAGAAAAGAGGGAAGUUGGAGGCUUCUGGAAGAUGGGGUGUGCACUUGGGGAUUGCAAAGGAUCACAAGGGAUGGCUGCUAUGGGACUUGACCACCCAGAAGCUGACAGUGUCAAGGGAUGUGAAGUUUCUUGAGUCCCUGUACUACAAGGAAUGGAAGCAGCAGCAACAGAAGCUUCCAUCUACACCACUCAUUGUGGAGGCAGAUGAGUUGCAGCAGCCUUCAAGGCAGGUGGAGGUUGCAGUGUCAGAGGAGGAGAUGUCUGGGGUGACUGAGGAAGGGGGAGCAGCUGAAGUAGAGCAGCAGCAGCAGCAGCAGCAGCAGCAUGAGUCUCCACCUCGAGUUCCACACCCGCCUGAGCGUCCUAGGAGGGAUGUGCGCCCUCCAGUGAGGCUGACCUAUGGGGGAAGAGGCAAGCCGAAUGUGGUGCAGGCUGGGAGUGUGGUUGAGCAGAUUGAGGAAGAUGAGAUUGCAUUGUGCUAUUGGGCUGCAAUUCCUCAGCCUAAGGUACUGACGCUAGCUUCAACUCAGUAAAAGCGGAUGGCACCAGCAUUGGGGGAUAUGUGUGCUUGCUAGGAGGUGGUGCUGUGAGCUGGCGCAGCAAGAAGCAGAAUGAGGUGGGAUUGUCCUCAUGUGAGACUGAGUACAUGGCCUUACACCAUGGGGCCAAGGAAGUGGUGUGGCUGAGGCGCUUGUUGGAGGAGUUGGGAGUUGGUCAGGAGGAGCCGACAGUUGUGUUCUGUGACAAUGAGUCUGCUGUGAAGCUCGCCAAGAAUGCUUGUCUGCAUGGGCUGACAAAACACAUAAGGCCUAAGUGGCAUUGGGUGAGGAGACUCCUUGAUAAGGAGGUGCGGCUGGAGAUAGUGAAGACCCAUCAGCAGGCAGCAGAUAUUUUCACCAAGCGUCUGGCGGAGGCGGAUCAUUGGAAGGGCAUGAAGCUUGCUGGGAUGAGUGUGCAUUGAGUAUGCAUGCUUGAGAUGUGGUAUGGUGGAUGAUGGUUGGCAGCCAGAGGGGGAGAUUGUUGUGUGAUGUCAUCAUAUGCUAUCACAUUCUGUCUGCCUCCCAUCCCAUGUUUUCAACUUGCAUGUGUGGUUUGAAUGUGCAAGCAUUUGUGUGGUGUGUGUUCUGGAGUUUGGGAAUGUGUUUUGUUUUAUUCUGUCUGAGCAGGUAUUUGUGACGAUAGAUCUUGAGAAGAUCUUUCCGACGCAACAAGAAUCGCUUCAAUCGGAGCAAGAACGCGAAAGCUAUGAAGAUUCAAAGUUCAUGAGCUUGCGUUACAAUUGCGGCGGUUACAAAGUGAAGUUGUGGGGUGACUUUAUAUGGAGUUGGGACCUUUGGGGUUGGGGAAACUUGUCACUCUACUGUAACAGCUGCAAAUAGGUUGGGAACAACCAAGCUAGGUUGGCAAGGGUGGCCAACUUGGAUGGAUUGGUUGGGAAGGGACAAAGGUCAAAGUUGAGGUUCCUAUAGGGAGGGAAUCUUUGUGCUUAUGGGGUUUCCUUGGUUGGGGACUCUCUUGGGACCUUCCCUCUCAUCCCUCUCUUCCUAUCCCAACCUUUCUCUUGCUCCUUCUAAUUCCUUGUGAGAUUCUUGAACUUUGAUUGAACUUUUGAGAUUGAGUUAAGUUCUC